ACUUCCAACCCAUAAACACUUAAUGGAUCAGCUGCGUGCUUCGAACCUCAGUGCAGAAUUUCAGAAUCUUGACACGGAUCCUCAUUGCAAUCAGGUUGUAGCUCAAGAUCCUAGCCCAGCCCAGACCUCCAACCAGGCUGCAAAUGGAGAUGGCAGCCGCACUGUCAUCACAGGCAUGGAUGCGAAAGUGUACAAGGCGGCAGCAGAGGGGAAUAUUGAAGUCCUCCAAAUCUUUUUUUUAGAUCUUGACUUACUAGUCCAAUUAACUCCAAAGCAUAACACAAUACUCCACAUCGCUGCCCAGUUCGAUGAACUGGAGUGUGUGAAUUUCAUCCUUGGGUUGCCUUCAUCUUCAUCUCUACUGCAUCGCCCUAAUCUGAAAGGGGACAUUCCGCUUCACCUUGCAGCAAGGGAAGGGCAUUUGCAUGUUGUGAAAGCUCUUUUAGACGCUGCAAAAGCACCUCCCACAGAUAUUGAAACUGGGCCUGGAGCAGAUAAGUCGAUGUUGAGGAUAACAAAUAAGGAGAAAGACACAGCCUUGCAUGAGGCAGUGCGAUAUGAGAAAUAUCAUGUGGUGGAGUUCUUGAUUGAGAAAGACCCUGAGUAUACUUAUCGUGCUAAUGUUUCUGGUGGGACUCCUCUUUACAUGGCUGCUGAGAGAGGAUUUACUGGAAUAGUGCGAAUUAUCCUAGACAAAACUCGCACUUCACCAGCCUACAGUGGCUUCAUGGGUAGAACGGCCUUGCAUGCUGCUGUACUCUGCAAUGACGAAGAAAUGACCAAGGCAAUAUUGGAAUGGAAUCCAGCUCUAACUAAAGAAGUGGAUGAGAAAGGGUGGUCUCCACUUCAUUGUGCUGCAGAGAGAAAUUGUAAUCCAACAAUUGUGAGGCAACUGCUAGAGAAAUCAGAUAAGAGUGUAGCCUAUCUUGGGAUCAAAGAUGGUAACAAGACUGCCCUUCAUAUUGCAUCUUUCCACCAUCAUAAAAACAUAAUAGAGGAGCUCCUAUUUCACUAUCCAGAUUGUUGCGAGCAAGUCGAUAACGACGGCCAUAAUGUUUUUCACUUUUCCAUGAUGAAAAAGGGAGACCAUCAUUAUAAGCCUAGUGAUUACUUUCUAAAUAAAUGGUUAAGAGUCAGAGGACUUGUAAAUGAGAAAGAUGGUCAAGGAAACACACCCAUCCACUUGCUCUCUUCUUAUCAAAUUUCAGAUUAUCGGUUCGUAUUCAAUUGGAAUGUGGAUAAGAAGGCGUAUAAUAGCGAAAACUUGACAGCUUACGACAUAAUUUCAAGGGCCAAGGAGGACAUUUCCAAGAAAAAGAUUCUAAAGCACUUCGAGAAUGUUACGCCUGAAGCUAAAUCUUUGCGUUGGAAGAUGUUGUGCGAGAGACACAGAGAGAGAAUACGGAGAGAGUCCAUGACAGCCUGCAACAUGAUUUUGUGGGGAGGGCAAAAGGAUUUAAUGGAGCAAUUGAUGGAUGAGGAAGAAAGCAAAAAGCAGAAGGAGAAACUCAUCUCUAAAUUACAACAAAAUGGUGGAACCCUUUUGCUAGUUUCUACUCUUAUAACAACAGUAACUUUUGCUGCGGGUUUCACCUUGCCCGGUGGUUACAAAGAUGAUAAUGGCAAGGCAAUUUUAUCAAAGAAAGCAUCUUUCAUAACAUUUGUUGUGGCGGAUACCAUAGCCUUGCUCUCCUCACUGAGCGCUAUAUUUCUUCACUUGAUUAUGAUCGUGUGUCAACAGGAGGAUUACCUUGCAAAGAACAUUACAUGGGCCUUUAUUUUGACCGUAAUUGGCAUAGAAGCCAUGGCGAUCGCUUUCGCAUCCGGCUUGUACGUCGUUUUACCACCUUUCUCCGCCCUUUCAUUUCUCACUUGCAUCCUCUGGUCUUGCUUUCUCCUCUCCGUUAUAUCGAAAAUUUUUCCAAAUUGGGGCGCUUGGAUCAUAUUCAGACUACCGUGGGGGUUUAUAAUCACUCUCCAACGCACUCUUACAAGAAUAACCUAUUGGCUCAGAGAAAAAAUAUCCCAUUUAUUUGUGUAGAUGAGGGCUCUCGGAUCUUUGGAUGAGCUCUUUUUUGAGAGGGAAGAGAACCCAUUCAUAUUGAAAAAGAAGAGUCCUUAGCAAGGAAAGUUAAAACUAUGCUCUACUGUCUUUUAUUUUCACAUCGAAUUUGGAAUUGGAAUUGAAGUACUCACUUGUCUGAGCUGUGAUUAUAUAUGAAUAAGAUUAGUGAUUAUUGUAAA